AUGGCAACGUCUAGAAAUUACUCUCUAUGGUCUAAAAAGGGGAGGAACCCUCAGUUCCCGGAACUGCCCAACGCUUUCGGACUAUACCGAGGAGACCCCCAACUCAAAGGGAAGAGACUGCAGCACCGAUUAUCCGACUUUGGACCUCAGAGACAGAAAAAGAGAAGGGUGUGUGAUACCCCUUCCUCCUUUCCUCCCUCUCUUGAGGCAGGGGCUGGGCUGAGCGAGACCGUCACUGAGACAACGGUUACCGUGACAACCGAGCCCGAGAACCGGAGCCUUACCAUCAAACUUCCGAAACGGAAGCCAGAGAAAAAGGUGGAAUGGACAAGUGACACUGUGGACAAUGAACGCAUGCGCAGCCGCUCAUCAAAAUGCUGCUCUAUUUAUGAAAAAUCCCGGGCCUUUGGCGAGAGCUCCACGGAAAGUGACGAGGAGGAAGAAGAGGGCUGUGGUCAUACACACUGUGUACGUGGCCACCGCAAAGGAUGGCGUCCUGCAACCCUGGGACCGACCCCCACCACCCCUCCCCCGCCUCCUGACCCUUCCCAGCCCCACGCAGGGCCAAUGCAGCACUAAAUUCCUCUUUCCCCCACCAUGCCUGAAUGUAUCCAUGUGGCUACUUCUCCAGUACCCUCCUUCUCUCUCUCCUGCCUGAUAGAGGGAAGAGGAAGAGGAGGGUGGACAGAGAUCCUGGAAUUCGGACUUGCUGCUAUUUCAGAACCUAGACUCCUGAGUUCCCCCAGUUCUCAUUUUUCCUCCCAAUACCCACCGCUUCUCUCUCGAGGGAUGUAGGCACCUUGGCCCCAGCCUCUUCCUUUUGUUCUCACUGUCAAACUGCCUGUCCUGGGAUCUAGUUAUCUUGGCCCUGCACUCUCAACUUGAGUAGCAAACACUGAAAUUGGGUUUUCAACAGUCCCAGCUUUCACUGCGAGGGUCCCAGUCAGAUUCCAGGAAUUCUCACCCUGGCUGUGCUUGCUAAUACUGGUUUAGAGCUAUCCCACGAAAAUAUUUAAUCCUAAUUCUUAGUCCUUGCCUGUGGGAUAUGAGGUCCUACAGGAGACCUCAGGGCUCCCAGCCCUUCUCCUGCUAACCCUCUUCAUGCCCUCAAGAGGAGUUAGAAGAGAGUUCCUUGUCAUUCUCACCUCUAAUGGAAAAUGGAACCAGAAAUAAUCAUAUCCUUUCUCUCCACCCUUCUCCUGUGAUCUAGGAUUUCUGACAAAGCUGGCUUGAGACUGGUCACUUAGAGCCAACUGUCUCCUCAGCCUUUUGUUUUUCAGCUUCAGAGACAGAUCCAAUAUAGUCCCAAGGACCUGGGUCCCUGGGAAAGAAAGCAAAAGGGAAGGAGCAAAGAGAUGGGGUAUAUCCCCUACACUACACUCUUACCUCUUAAUUUCUAGGCUUUGAUUUCUCUGCCAGCCCAGAUGUUCAGUUCUCUUGGCCCUCCCUACCCCUUUGCUGGGAUCUUGUUGUCAUUUUCUUUUGCCAGUUCUUUUGCCCUACACAGUUGCAGAGAUCAGUCAAAUCCACACCACCAGUGAGAUCUCAUUAAUUGCCACAGAUGCACAAAAUAAAUAACCCAAAAUCAC